AUGGCUGAUGAUCUCUUGGAUAACUAUAAUCCACUUUACGAUGUUCACCUGCAACAGUAUUUUGCAUCACCGCAUAUGCAGAAGCAUCUUCGACGGAUUGGUUUGGUAGAUGGCGGAAAUGAAGCUUUUGAUCGGCAUAAUGUUAUGAUGGAUCUCAUGCUAAAAAAUCGUGAAAAACAGUUGGCCAAGCUUGCUGCCGUGCAAAAAAAGCUUGAUGCAGCAGAAAAAGUCGAAAUUUGUCGGAAAAUAAGGAGCGGACAAACUCCUGGCACUCAAGCCCGAGCUAGACCUUCACGUAGUCUCAGUAGAGGGAGAAAAGCAGCAUCACGUACCGAACGAAGAUCUUCGACCAGUACCGACGACAAAGAUUUGGUGAAAAGGAUCGAAAGCGAAAGUGAAGAAACACCGCGCAGCAACAGUACUGUUUACAGUCGACUGUCUGCCAGUGUUGGCAAAUACCGAUAUCUUCACAAGGUUUCCCAAUAAUU